AUGACGUCAGAACACCCUUGUCGUGUUGCAAUAUGGACACACCAACGGAGUACAUCAACAGCUCUUCUACAAUGUUUUGCAGGUCAAGAAAAAACAAAAACGUUUAUGGAACCAUAUGCAAUUCCAUUCUUAGAAGAAUGUGAUCAAUAUUUAGAAGAUAAUCCAACAUAUGUCAAUGGCCGUUACAAGGAAGUAAAAAUGAUGUUAGAGUCCGACUACCCAGGUAGUACGAUGAUUGUAUUUAAAGAUAUGGCUGAUUUUGUAGUUGGAAGAUACGACAAAAUCCCGGAAGGAUACAUUAAUACGUUUUUGAUUCGUGAACCAAACGAAAGUAUUCCAAGUUUCUGGAGAGCAACAAUAAAUUCAGGACGAACAUUAUUUCCACGUAGAUAUUCAUACGGUAGCCUCAAACCAGUAUUAGAUUUAUACGAUUAUCUCACUGAACAAAACCAACCGUGUAUAAUUAUUGAUGCUCACGAUCUGUCUCAUUUCCCUGAGAUGGUGCUGAGACAGUUCUGUCAAAAGACUGGUGUGACAUUCUGCGAAAAUAUGCUCGGAUGGAAAUCGCAAAACAUGGAUGGUUGGGAUCCAUCUUUUGAAAAGAGCAAAGAUCGCAAUAUUUGGUUUGGCAAUGCACUUGAAAGUUCCAAGUUUCAUCCACUACCGACCAUAGACACCCCGAUUGAUUUGUCCAUAGUACCAGAAAAAAACAUCUUCACAUUAGAGGAAUCAAAACCAAUCUAUGACGUAUUGUUUGCAAAACGCAUCAAGCCAUUUUAG